AUGGCAAAAGAUCACUCGUCUCCGUACACCAUGUCUGACGAAGAGUACGAGAGAUAUUAUGGCAUAGCUCGGCCUGACCGUAAAUUCUCCGAGUUGCUUGAAUCUGGCGACAAUGCGAACCUUCUUCGUAGAGCAUACCAUAUGGAGGAGGAGCCGAAAACUGAGGACACUACGGCCGAAUCUACUAUGCCAGCCCCUGCUCAACCAAACAGCAUAGAUCCAAUCGGCCAACAAGAUACAGCCGUCCAGAGUGAACGCAUCAGUCCUCUUUUCUGCCCGCACAAGUAUACAUCAGUGGCUAUGAAUUAUGGACCGAAAAUUCCCACUCUUCCGGCUUCAGUGAAAAAGAUCGAACGCGGACAUGCACUAGAUGAUACUCUUGGAUCGGGGACGUACGGAGUUGUCUACAAAGCACGUGACAGGCGGACGCUGCAGCUCGUGGCCGUCAAAGCCAACAGGAGAUUGAAGACGACAUACCGCGAACCAUCGAACGAAGUGCGCAUCUUGGAGAUGAUCAAACUCAACGAUCCCGAAGACAAGUUUCGCUGCCUCCGUAUCAAAGACGCAUUCGAGUUGCGAGGCCAUGUAUGCAUCGUCACGCACCUGCACGACAAAAGUCUCAUGGACUUUAUGGAGACUCAAUUAGAAGAAUGUGAUGACCGCAUACCACUUCCUCUCAGCCAAGUCCGCUGCAUUACACGCCAGCUCCUAGCCAGCGUUUCCUUUCUUCAUCGUAUGGGCAUCGUCCAUGCGGACAUCAAGCUGGACAAUAUAGUUCUACUCAACUGCCAGGCCUUUAAAUUUCAGUACCAACGGCAGAUGCCAUCGGUCUCGACUAAAUAUGCACGUUGGGGUCCGCGGUUGAUCAACGUUCUCGCCCUGGCUGACAUCCGCCUCAUCGAUUUUGGCUGUGCCGUUUUUGAAAAGGAAGACGCCGGCAUCUCGCUUAAAACUUCCAGAUUGUACUGGCCACCCGAGGCAAUUGCCGGUCAAGAAUGGUCGUCCCCGGUGGACAUUUGGAGCAUCGGUUGCAUGAUGAUCGAGCUGUUCACGGGACAGCCGCCUUUCGGUCAGCGCUACGGCAUCGAGUUCGUGGCCCGGAUGCAGCGCAUGUUGGGGAGCUUUGACGCCGACCUGGUCCGACGGUGGGAGGGGGCCAUCGUUGACGGGGACGUGGAACAGCCCAUGUUCCGGGACGGCAGUCUCAAUUUCCCGGUGCCAGGCAUGAAGCCAAGCAGCCUACACAAUGUGGAGUGCGCAAAGAAGUUGGAGGACAUUGUGAAUCCGACAAUGCCGUGCAUGCAGCACUUUGUGGAUCUUUUGCGCCAGAUGCUCGAAUUUGACCCAGAAAAACGAAUCAAGGCUUCAGAUGCACUCGAGCAUCCCUGGUUCAAGUGCCCGAUUUACGCCGAUGAAGGCACUGCGGCAGCACAGUUGGCGUGGAGACUGCCCAAGGCUGCCAGCACAGGAGAGAAAUCCUACGACACCAUCUACAAUGAAGUUGGACGAAAUCCACAUGUGGAUAUGCAAGGACGCAUCGUUAUUACAGUCUGA